AUGCCACGUUUGAUAUUUAAAGUAUUUAAAAAUAACUAUGUACAGGAUGCUGUAUUUAUUCAUUGCUAUAAUAAAUCACAAGAAAUUAAAAUACAAAAAGCAUUUAACGAUGCUGGCAUAAAAAUGUUGGCUGUAAAAGACGAUGCCUUUGGUAAAUAUAGACUGCAUUUAAAAAAAAUAAAAAUCGGAAUAACACUGGAUGCAUCAUGUAAAAGGUGGACGAAUGUGUUCGAAGAUGUUUUAAAUUCCAACCAUAGAAGAAUUAAAUGGAUCAUUUAUACUAAUAAUUUAAGUUCAACGACUCAAAUUUUAUCUAAAUUGCAUCUUAGAAUUGAUUCUAACGUUUUAUUAAUUAAUAUUAACAACAAAGGUUUUAAUUUAAAUGAAGCUUAUAAUACAGGUUUUAAACGAAAUGGUAUUUUCGUUGUGCGUAAUUUAGGAUUUUGGAAUUCAUCUUUAGUAGCGACACCACUAGCGACAGUACCAAGUCGUAAUAAUUUACAAGGCACUAUAUUAAAAUGUGUGUCGGUUAUUACCGACCGUUUGGAGAACGAAACUUAUAUGCAUUUUCUUAAGGAAUCGAGACAUGACAAGACGGAUACUUUGCACAAAUUAAAAUUUUAUACGGUCAUUCGUUACUUACAAGAGAUGUAUAAUUUCAGUAUUGAUGUACAGCGUACCAACUCUUGGGGCUAUUCUCACAACGGCAGCUUCGACGGUCUUGUCGGUGCUCUACAGCGUCAGGAGGCAGAGUUCGGAUGUUCGCCGGUUUUGUUCAAAAUAAAUCGCGCUGAGGUCGUCGACUAUGUUGUCCCUACGUGGAAAACAAAGCACACAUUUUUAUUCCGCCAGCCAAAAUACCAAGCGAGUUAUUACUCUGUGUACACUCGGCCGCUAGAUGGCGUUGUUUGGCGUUGCAUGUUGGGAGUUCUCUUGAUCGCAGGAUUAACUUUGAACUUGAUAUUAAAAGUUAAAAAGACGAAUGUUUUCUUUGAUGAAAGAGAUUCGUCUCUGAGUUUAAUAUGGUUGUUAGUUUGUAGUGCUGUUUGUCAACAAGGUAUGCCGGUGAAUAAAAAUGCGGUUUCUGCGAGAAUAAUAAUAUUUGUAAUAUUCAUGUUCUCAAUGAUGAUCUAUCAGUUUUAUAACGCGAACGUGUUGUCGAGCUUGCUCAACGAGCAGUAUUCCUACAUACGUAGCCUCAAAGAUUUGUUGCAGAGUGAUCUCAAGGCCGGUGUCGAAGAUAUGCUCUUCAACAAAGAUUACUUUAAGCGUACAACAGACCGUGUAACCUUAGAUUUGUAUAAAGCUAAAAUAGCCACAGAUAAGCACUAUAACUUCUUCGAUGCGGAGUACGGUAUGGGACUGGUCAAACAUGGCGGCUUUGCUUUCCAUGUUGACACGUCUGCAGCGUACUCUGUCAUGAGGAGGACCUUCUCUGAGCGAGAGAUAUGUGAGGUUGGCGAAGUGCAGCUGUUUCCGCCUCAGUAUGUAGGUGCUGUGGCUGUUAGAGGGUCCCAGUAUAGAGAGUAUAUUGCUGUUGGUGUUAGCAAACUAUUGGAAACCGGUCUGAUGAUCAGAAUAAAAUCAAUCUGGGAGAGUCGCAAGCCGCCAUGCGCCAAACAGCGUUACAGCACCAUAAUGGCUGUUAAUAUUCGAGAAUUUUCUAUGGCCUUACUAUUUUUAGUAUGUGGUUAUAUAAUAUCAUUGCUUAUUUUACUAUUGGAAAUCUAUGUGCAUAAAAUAAAACGUAUUACUCCAAAUAGAGGUGAUUUCUAA